AUGGCCGACUAUGAUAUCAUACCUUGCUAUGACGACGAACAAUUAUUUCAAGAAAAAAAUUACAAUGUUACAGAUCUGCACGCUUAUUAUAUGUCACAAUUUAAUCUAGAAUUAGAAAACAGCAAAGCGAAACAAAAAGAUGACAGUUUUAAAUAUGGGAUUGAAGAGAGUUUUGAUUUUGAAGUACUAGAAAGUUGGACUACCACAGAUAAUUCAUAUAGCGAUAAGACUAAAGCUGAUUUCGAAAUGAUAGAUGAAGUUAUCGAUGGUAGCAUUAACGAUCAAAAUAUCAAAGAAGUUUUGUUGGAUUUAGACAGCAUUGAAUUUGAUGAUAACAGUUUCAAAUCUGAUGCUGGUGAUGAGAAAACGAAAACAAAUGCUACGUUCGAUAUUAAUAACGAUUACAUAGAUGACGAAUCGUUAAUAGAUGAGCUAUGUAGAGAAGAUAGUGAAACGUGUCGCUUAACUCCAGAUGCUUACAACGAAGACUGUUUUAAUUUGAUGCCAGGUGACAAUCAAUUGCCAUCAAUAGAAACAGCGUUCACAAAACGAUAUUGUAGCUAUGCUAAUAAUGAAGAAACUAUGCCAACCCAUGAGAAUUCUUGCGUGAACACUGACAUACAACAGAAUCACAUUGUCAGCAGUAUCGAGCAUUAUAGUUAUCCAAACAAUAUUCUGCAUCAUUUAGAAGCAGAACGUAAUUAUAUUUUACCCGACACUCCAACAAGUUGCACGGAAUUCAGUUUCGAUAAACAUGAGAGGAAAGCAUCCGUAUCUGAAUCAAUAGAAAGUUCGAGUUAUUAUGAUGAAAACUCCGAAACGUUCGACGAAGACGAACUUUUCAUUAAUUUAGACGAUUUUGGAUUAAAUUUUGAGAGGGAAAACGAAUAUACCGCUUCUUACGGUGCGAAUAGUGGUGUUACAACUGAGAGGAAAGUGGAAAAAGAAAAGCAAGGUGAUCGGGUGUGUCUCUGGGAGAACUGUUACGAGAAGCACGCGAACCAAAAUAUGCUGGUGGAGCAUAUUGAAAGGGCGCAUGUUAAUACGUAUAAAGGAGACGAGUUCAGUUGUCUAUGGAAGGAGUGCGCCCGCGCAAGGCGUCCCUUUAACGCGAGGUACAAACUACUAAUUCACAUGCGCGUGCAUUCCGGCCACAAGCCCAAUAGAUGUCAUCAUCCAGGUUGCGGCAAAGCUUUCUCACGCCUGGAAAACUUGAAAAUCCACGUACGUUCCCACACCGGGGAGCGGCCGUACGCCUGCCCCGCGCCGCACUGCCGCAAAGCUUUCUCCAACUCCUCUGACAGGGCGAAGCACCAGAGGACACAUUUUAAUGCUAGACCCUACGCCUGUGGAGCUGUCGGGUGCGGCAAGCGCUACACCGACCCAUCCUCCCUGCGGAAGCACGUAAAGUCGCAUCCCCACAUCCCCGCGCCCCGCGCGUGCCUCCCCCCCUCGAAGCCCCUCAGACGGCCGGAGGAACAACUGGUGCCUAGUUCACCGGCCAAACCGGCCACGCUAAGGUGCAUUCGGGAUAAACUGACAGUACCUUUGAAGUUGUAA